AUCCAAUACAACAUUUUCCAAUUGUGCCCCUAGACCUUAGUUCAAAGUGGGGAAGGUUGAGGGAUUUGUGAUGUAGGGUCCCAGAUUUGACCCGUUCCAUCUGAACUGAUCCUGAUAUUUAAGUGGAUAAGAGUUAAGAGGUGUGCCCAUUAUCCCCAAAUUUUGAAGGUUGCGGUUGUUUCAUAGGUUGGCCCUAUAUGAGCUUCUCCGUCACAAAAAACAUUUUCCAAUUGUAUGAAAUGUAAAACAUAGAUGAAUUUGCUUGUUGCCAGCAAGACUGAGUUUUCAAAAAUCCGCGGUGCGACCAUUUCUCAUUUAAGCCAGGUUGUUCAGUGGCUUGGAUGAGAGGUAGUGCUUUCUAUGGAGUUAAACCGCUUCCUUAGCUUUAGAAUCUUGUCUAAACUGCACCUUUAUGCAUCAGUUUGUGAGCGUUGAAAAUAUAGUUUGUGUCUAAGUGCCUGUAGCGCAUCAACCAAGGAAAAUUCCAUAGAAAUCUAGAGUUUGACGUCUUCAAAGAAUUGAGUUGUGUUGCUUGGACUCUCAAAGACUAUUGUCGUACCCAUGUGGGAUCUUCCAAAGUGCACUAUUUUUGGUGGAUUUGACAUGCUUCUGCCGGCAUUUUUGAAGAGUUCUACCAACAUAGCUUUACGAGUGUUGCUUGCGAUAGGUCCAGUGCUCCAAAGAACUGUAGGAUAUCUGGAUGGCUCCAUGAUAAAAAGGGGACUGACCUAGAAGCUGAUCAUGAUAAGAUGUUCCUUUUUAAAGAAGUUCAUAUAUGAUCUUGACAAGAGCAAUGCUCAGAAUUUCGAUGUUUUGGAGUCUGCAAGUUCUACUGUCAUCGACACAAUCAGUGCUUUUGUGUCUUUCUCAACCAAAUGCCCCUCUGUCAGACUUGGCCAAAUUGAAUCCAGAAUUCAAGAAGAGUGGAGCUACUACUGUUGGAAAUUCCAGACAAGUAACUGAUGGUGCUGGAGUUGUACUACUUAUGAAAAGAAGUGGUGCAAUGCAAAAGGGACUUCCAAUCCUUGGUGUAUUCAGGACCUUUGCUGCCAUGGGUGUAGACCCCACCAUUAUGGGAAUUGGUCCAGCUGUUGCAAUUCCAGCUGCUGUCAAAUCUGCAGGCCUUGAACUUGAAGAUAUUGAUCUCUUUGAGCUAAACGAGGCAUUCGCAUCACAAUUUGUUUAUUACCGGAAGAAGCUUGAACUUGACCCUGAGAAGAUCAACGUCAACGGAGGUGCAAUGGCCUUCGAGCAUCCUUUGGGCACUACAGGAGCACGGUGUGUUGCUAUGCUCUUACAUGAUAUGAAGCAUCGUGGAAAAGAUCGCCGCUUUGGUGUAGUCUCCAUGUGCAUAGGUGUUUCAUCUUGAAUGCCCAAGAGAUUGAUGACAACAACAAAUGCAUCCCCAUAUUGUAGAAUUUAUAAAUAUUAUCUCUAUCAAUGUAAAUAGACAACAAUCACUAUCAUGCGUGAAUUUGAGCAUCCAAUAGCAUGUUAUUCCCCUGAUUGUAUAAAACAUACAUUUCGAAUCAUUUUCAUCAACUGAUCCAAUCCAACGGAAUAGUCUUUUGCUGUUA